CAAACUUACUAAUAACGAAAGUUCGUUGUGCUAAAUUAAAAUGGGGUCUGGUUAAUCGUUAAAGUUAAAGUUUAAAUAACAAACAUUCUCACUACUUUGAAGGCGUAUUUACAAACAAGUUUUAAUACGAUUUCAACUUUAUAUACAGACAUGCGCCUUUCCUUGUGUGUAUUCUUAUUAAUAAAUGCAUCACUGUGUUAUGGACUGGAUGUUCAGGUCAGACGAGCAAAUACAGAUAUACUUGAUGUUAAAAAGAAUCAUUGUAAUGGUAUAGCAAAUGCAAGGUUUGCUAAAGGAAGAUGCAGAUGCACAAAAGGCUUUGGAACGUUUAGUGUAGUUAAUGGUAAAGCUGGAUGUUAUUCAAAGACUGCUUUAGAAAAUAUUUAUGGUUGUGAAAUGGCCUACAGCAGCUCAGAUAAUGCGGUAGUGAUGGAAAAAAGAAGAAAAGUUACGCUUAGAAAAAAUACGAUUCCAAGUGGUUGCACUGCUGGUGGUAUUACUUUAGCACAACAGGGCUAUGAUGGGGAUACGGCUAAUACCACGGUGAAGAUUAAAAGGGAAAAUGUCAUUGAGAUUGGAGAUACUAGAAGUAUAAAAGGACGGUUGAUAAAAAUUAUAUUUUACUGCGAUACUAACUAUAAUGCACAAGGCCUGUUAGCGAAGGUUUCAGGUGACUUUACAUUUGAAUCAGUAAACAUACCUAGCCAAACGUUUACGACAACUACAACCCCACCACCGCCACCUAUAACAACAACAACAACGACGACGACGACGACAACGGAGGCAACAACCACAACAAAAAGAACGAAACAAACAACGACAAAGAAAACGACGGUUAAAAAGCCGAUAACAAGGACACCUGAAGUAAACCCUUCUCACAUAUUCACAAACGAAUUAAUUCAGCCGACAGCUACAAAAUCUACUGAUAAUUCAACACUAUUUUGCAAUUCUCCCAAACAAAAUGAUGGAGCUGACAACUUAGGCCUUAUAGUUGGUGUGGUUUUCGGUAUAUUGCUAUUCAUCUUGGCUGUGAUUCUAAUUGUCUUUUACUUGAGAAAAAAAUCAACAUUUUUCAAAUCGAAGAGAUCUUCAAUAAUGAAUCCAGCAUAUAGCAAAUCUGAAAAACCAGGCAGGGAAGCUGGUCGAAGCACGUCUGACUAUGAUUAUGUUGGCACAGUGAUACCAUCAGAUGACCCACCUACGCAAUACGAUUAUGCGAGCGUACAUACUGGUCAGCAAAACAAACCACUUCAACCUAUAUACGCAGAGACUGGAAGUGCAAACGCUAACCAAUCAAGCAACGCUCCGGUAUACUUCGAAACUGAACCAAUUUACGCUGACACUGAUGGUCCAAUGCUUGAUCUUAGUGAGCAAGAAAUGGCACCGAGUAGUUAUAAGGAGUUAUUAGAAUUUGAUCAAAAUGAAACCGUGUACGCUGCGCUUAAUUCAUAGAUCCUUUAAUUAAGCUAUUAUUAAAAGAUGGAGAAAGACUUGCUUGGACAGCAAGGCAAACAUCUUUGUCAUACUGGCGGAUAAAGGAACAAAUUCAAAUCAAAAAAUCGAAUAUAGUAAUUACACUAGAAUAGAGUGUUUGAAAAAUAUUUUCUAGAAAGUUGUGUAAAUUUUUUUAUGUAUAGUUAAGCCGUAGUACAUACAACUGUAUUUUACUAAAUUAUUUUAAAGAAUCUGGUUGCGCAA